AUGGCACCCUUCCAGCUGACUCUUUCUCUACUCCUCGUCGUGAUAGCAACGUCGGGCAAUGCAGCAAGCACCACCUGGGAGACGCAUCCUUCUCACCCAACCUUGCCAGGAACCGCUCCCAACUGCAACAAAUGGUACACUGCGAAGAAGGGCGAUGACUGUUCCACUGUGCAACGUGAUAGUGGUAUCUCGGCCGAUGACUUUUUUGGUUGGAAUCCAUCGGUCUCCAAGGACUGUAAGAAGAACUUUUGGGCGGAUACAUCGUACUGUGUUGGAGUAGGGCCAGCGAUCACUACCGGGACACCAACCCCAACGGGCCUACCCUCGACGACUACUCCUAGACAGAGUACGGAGACGACGCCCAUCAGCUCUGGUUCACGCGGCAGUGGGACCUCAAUCUCUGCUCCUUCCAGCUCCCCAACGACCAAGGCCACCUACACGUUUAAUCAUCCCACUACCACCUGGACUCCAUCUCCGCCUGCGCAAGAGACAGCAUGGCCCCCGACCAAAACCCAGCCAGGCCAGCCCACCUCGUGCACCAGAUGGCACGAAGUCAUGAUCGGUGACACCUGUGACACCAUCACCAGCCGCUACAGCUCGUGGAUAACGAAGGAAGACCUACUGGAGUGGAAUCCAGGCCUUCAGGAAGAUUGUGACGCCCCUCUCGUGGGUUAUUUUCUAUGCGUCAUGACCAGGCCGUCUGGCUACAGCGUAACCUAUUCAAGUGGUUCAACCCCGGUGGUCAUUCCUACCCCUACGCCGUACACGCGCCCGCCUCCAGUUUGCCCUAAUACCACUGAGACUGAGCUCACGCCCUCGCCAACACAGCCAGGGAUGCCCUCCAAAUGUCAAAUAUACUACCAUGCGACCACUGGGGACUCCUGUUCCAAGAUCUUGUCGCAAUAUAACAUGCCUGAGAAGCUCCUCCAUGAAUGGAAUCCAGCUCUUGGUCCAGACUGCAAGGGCCUACUACCUAACUACUACUACUGUCUCCUUCCCAGUGGGUUCUUUCCCAUGCCGCUCACCGUCACCACCGCCCCUGCGCCCACUCAAACCGGGAUCACCAGCAACUGCAAGGCUUGGUAUCGGAGCAACAAGUCUGAGACGUGCUCCGACAUCGUGCUCGCUUUCGGUACAUUCUCGGAGGAGGACUUCAAGGCCUGGAAUCCUGCCGUGGGCCAGAGAUGUACCGGACUGAUCGAUGGUAACUGGUACUGUGUCGCCAUGCCUGGUACUCCCUCCACACGCACUGCGCCUGUGCCGGCCUUCCCAACAAGCGUCCCGCGCCAGCCAAACGUUAUCAAGAACUGCACAUCGUGGUGGCAUGUAUCUGAUGAGGAUGACUGCUACGACGUCGCCCGGAAGAACGGCAUCACCGUCGACGACUUCCUCGCGUGGAACCCGGACGUGCGCGCCGGGCAAUACGACUGCAAGGCUCUGCCGGUAGACCACGAAAUCUGCGUCGGCGUGCGACCCAAACCACCCAUCCGCGGAUGCACGCCAACUGGCACGAAUACCACCGCCUCGGCCAACACGACGGUAUAUCCGACGACCAGGACGUCCUGGCACCGGACGCUGACCACGACCACCGUCGUUACGCAAUGCGAGGAUGCAUCGUCGUCCACCUGCGCCACGGCCACGGUCACCACCACGAGGGUUGUGACUCUGUCUCCACCCCCAACGGCCACGCCGAUUGAUACCACGUUCGUGACCUCCCCGACUCAGGGUACGAACUCGUCCUCCGGGGCCUCGUCUCCAGUGGACUCGACCCUCCCUCCGUCAUCGAGCUGUGCUUCUUCCAACAGUCCCACGCCCAUCGUGCCGUCCACUACAGGCCCACGAGAAAGUAGUUCUUGGCCGACCUCCCGGCCAACUCGGAGCCAAGAUCCCCACAGUUCUGUGACCGAGUCUCCGCCACCUGCGGCUCCCUCAACGAUCACUGUGACUACAACCAUUACGACACAGUGCUCCACUAUGUCCACCUUGGAUACGAGCUCGCCAGAUGAUACUACACUCGUGACAGCCACGGUGACAACGCACUGCUCGACUUCUUCUGUCUCGAGUACGAGCUCGCCAGAAUACACGGAAAUCGAGACGACAACCCUGACGACUCGAUGUUCGACUACCUCGCCGAGUCAGACCGCAAGCGAACCUUCGAUGACCAUUAUGCGAGGAUGA